UUGACCAGUUGGGCUCUUGGCAUUGACAUAUACGCUUUGUGUUCACACUGUAAUUGUGAAUUUCACACUCGUGUGUUGAAGAUGUGCUGUCUCGCCAAUCUGGAUCGCGAAGAGGACUUGAACCGGUUCAAGUAGAAUGCCAAUAAGUGACACAAGACAUUUGGAGCUGACAGUUGGAGGAGAAACACUCAGGGAAGCACAAGUUACAACUACAAGAUCGGAGAAUGGGCUUGAAAAUCUACGUCUACAGCUCUGUUGCUGCCGAGCAGUCACGCAGGAGGGAACACCCUCAGCACAAGUAAUUACUGCAGACAGACAAAGACAAGUGGUGGACCACAGCAGUGGACCCAGAUAUACCCCCUGUGUCCUGUUAAGACUCUCUAACAACCUGGACCUGAACAAAUCCGAGCUCAGACUCAAGAGAAAGAAAGACUUGUGUCUACAUGGUUCAGAUGAGUCACAAAGGAGGAAUACUUUUGGCUGCAGCUCUCAGGUGAUUGGGCCAACUCCACUGCCAGACACCUCAAGAAAUGUAACCAGGGAUUUUCCAUUACCAGAGAAAAAAACAUUUCUGGUCAAACAAGACCAAGAGAUUCUUGUAGUUUGCCAUGAAGCCAGAAGUAUAUGUCAAUUGCAGCAAAGAUUGAGUGGUUACUCUGAGUUAGAGCAAACAUUAAAGGACCAAGGUAAUGUUGAAGAGCAGUCUGACCCCAGUGGAGCCAUGUUGUCUUCUGCUAUGGUGACUGUUCUGGCUCCAAAUUGGACUGGCCGACUUCGACGGUCCAAGAGAUUCGAGUCAACUGGGAGUUUAGAAACCCUGGCAAAUCUUCAAGGUGGGGAAGACUCUCUUUCACAGGAUCACACUCAAAAGGAUGUAGAGAGUGUGUACAACAUAUCGCAAGCCCCGUCAAGAGUUCCAUUUCAGUGUACCAGGCAGAACUCAAGGAGCUGGUCAGCUAAGAGCUGGUCAGCUAAGAGUGGUCCUCCAAACAUGGACUAUGAUUCAAAGAAUAAAGUUUUCUGUACAACCGAGUUGGAUAUAAAAGAGACAGUGGACAAUAAAGCAGAAGCAAGAAUGACCAUGGAUGCAAAUCCUCAAAACAGAAAUUUGCAAGCUGGUCCUCAGGUGCGACACUCAUCUAUGAGUUCCAAACCAACAACAAGCAGUCUUCUUCUGUCAUUAAGAAGAUUAAACAGUCAAAAAGGGAAAUCUAAUCCUAGCCCGGCUCCUUCUGAAGUACCUCUGAAGAGUGAUCAAAAUGCAAAACUUUUCUCAACACAUCUCUCGCAUUCAUUUGCCAAACCUGGGCAAGAACUGUUUAUGUCUCUUCCCUCUUUGUCCAUUUCUUCAAGACCACCUGAAAGUCACCCAGUUGGUUCCUCAUUGCUGUCUAAUCACCACGCAAGAGGCAAAACAAGCUUUCUUUCAACUGUACCCAUAAAUAAAGUCACAAAUGACACACCCUUUGCCAAACCACCGCCAACAAUGAACAGAACACAGCCAAGUGAUUCAUUGCUCAGUAGACGGGCAUCAGAAAGGGCCCACAAUUGGAGGGGUUCAGGCAGAAACCUAAAUCUUUUGUCAGACAGCCCAGUGUCUGCACCAAGACUUCCCCACUUUGACUCAAACACACCAUUGGCCUCAUCUUCCAGGUGGAAAAAAACUGGCCAGCAAGGGAGUUCCACUCCAGUUCUCACAGACACAUCCAGUAUCCAAAACAUGCCUAACACACCCUUAAUUCCUAUUUGUAACAACAAUUGUGAUCCAGCAGCUUCUAUCCUAACGAAUAGUCUUAACCGUCAAAUCUCUCAUAAUAGUAGCAACAGUCCAGCAGAGUCAGUUUGCAAUGGCAACCUUUUGAGGAAGCCACCAAGAGGAGUAACUCAAAGUGGUAAAGAGAAAUAUUCUGAUGACACAAUUGACAAAGUAAAGCUCGCCAAACUACUGCUUGAGUCCAGAUUAAAGAAAAUGCAACCACAGAAGUCUCCAUGUUUUCCUGACGGACCAACUUCUCUCCCAAGUAAUGGCUCAUUAAAUGAACAUAGGAGUGAAUUGUCAUCCAGGCCCUCGGAGAACCAAAAUAACCAAUGCUCUCUCAGGGUUAAUGCCACACAUCGUUCUCCCCAACACCAGAACUCUCCAUUGCUUGAUACCACCAGCACUUUCAAGAGUCAGGUAGACACCUCUGAAAGUGGCCGUGGUCCCCAAAAUGAUCACCAAAACCACCAAUACGCUUGUCCUUCAGUCCAAAGCACCAUAAAGACAACAUCAUUCCAUGGUUCGACAUCCCAACCAUCUACCACAACACCAUUUUUUGGUUUUGUAAGGAGUUAUUCCCCCAACCCUAAGGCUUUCCGACCAAAAUCCAUGCCCUGUCUUAUUCCUGCAGAAAAUAAUUGUAGUCCAGAAUCUAUCGCACCUUCAAAUGCCAACCCAACCUGUCAAAGAGCACCCCUUCCUACUCCUAAACCCUUUGCUACCCCAAGCUGUCCAAGCAUGAUUGACACUGAUCCAAAAAGCCUCAAAGUGGGAGGCAUUUUAACCACCCACACAGAAAGGGAGAGAAAAUAUGUCAGCCUCCCAGGACAUGGAAAGAGAGUGAAGCAUGUCAUGUGGGAGGACUGUGAGAAUUCUGAGCCCUCUGACAGUCCAGCUCCUUCUCCGUUACCUCGCUCAAUGUCUCAGCGACCCAUUAGAUCACCGUCUAUCUUCUCCUUUUUAAGAUCGAGUAGUCAAAACACAAAAAACACCCCUCUUUGCACUACAUCAUCCAAGUCUUCCAACCCACAGGUAGGGAAAGAGGGAAAGUAUCACUCUUCAUCAUCUGACUCUACUGAUCAAGUAUCGAAAGAGGAGGGCCAUUCCAACCAAUCCAAGCAACGCCUUGAUCCUGCAGUGAUUGUUAGUCGAGACAGACUUGUCCCAGUUUCGCAAAGACUGCAGAGUUCGGUAUCAUUGCAGGCUGUUUCAGUCCUGUCAACUGGUCCUUCCCCACCUCCUGACUUGUCAAGUGGGUACAAGAUUCGUUACAGCCCCCCACCUUACUCUACUCUCAUUUCUAACCGUGGUGAAACUAAGAAAACGACUCCCAGGUCCCCACUGUUCCAAAACUUUGAUUCAAAUUAUAGACCAAAUCAUGAGUUACAUUCUCAUCCAGUCGCAGAUGCAGCUUUACCCAUGUCCAAACCAAUACCACCACCUAGGAAACUAUCUAAAUGUUCUCCUCUUCAGAAUGAAAUUUCAUCACAUGAGAUUUCCUUCAGUAGUGUUUCACUGACAGAUGAUACCAACAACAAUUGCAAGAAUAUCAGCCGUAAUCAGCAGAAUUGCCCCGAGUACAGAUUUAGAGUCAUCCCUCAGUCGCUGCAUGAUGAAAAGUAUCAAAGCACCAACAUUGAUUCAUCUUGUCUUGGUUCAGAGAACACAAGAGUAGAGCCUUUGCAAUGUUUAUCUAAGAUGGCAAGUGAACAGUCUCACGAAACUGAGAGUCAUUCAAAUCACAGCUCAAGUGGCAGCAGCUCAACAGACAGCCGGUCUGUUAAUGAUGAAGUUUGUAACAAACGAGUGAAGGAGAGCCUAAUGGGUAAAUUCAAACUGUUUUCGUCAGAGAGCAACAAUAAGCAGAGCCCGAAGAGGCGUCGUUUUGUCAAGAAGAGUAUCAGCACACCAAACUCCAGGUCACUUAUGUCCGAAUCAGAAAAAGCCAACAAGACUAAUAGGAAAAUGGACCAGGUUUUAAACAAACUGAAACAAACUUUCAGCACAAGACGCUCUGAAGAUGAUCCCUCAUUUCCGUGGAAAUGGAGGCGAGCUUCGGAAACGCUCUCAUUCAGUGAACCGAGUGGUACCAGUGAUGCCACUAUUGAGAGUAACAUAACUUUAGAGCAAGAUCAGAAAAAGAUCAUGAUGAAGGACAACAAAAGGACAAAAGAUGGUGAAGAGCAUGAACAGAACAGACACACCAUCAUACCAACCUUAUCUGUGCAAAACUCCAUGACAGAAGAUAAAUUCUUCAUUUGGCCCAACCAGUCAAGUCCUAAAGCUAACCAAGACAAACUACAAUGUAUGUCACACCAGUUUGAUGUUCAACCAACAAACCAGUACCUUCCGUGUCCAGAUAGGAGUCCAAGUCCGAGUCAUACUACAAAGUUUCGUAAGUCUACAUCAAGUCCCAAAAGUCCUUUCUCCCCAUUAUCCUCCCUUUCCCCGCUCUUGCCAUAUUCCUCACCCGAUGUAGUAGACGAUAGUGUGUUCUACAGUCCAAAACUGCAGAACCGGAUGGAGUCCUUAUCACCAGGUGAACCCAGGGAGGGAAUUAGCCUGGCGAGUUCAAGGAAAAGCCAAGUGUCCACAGGUCGACCAAGUGGAGGUCCAAUGCAGAGCAAAGAACAACUCACAUCUUGCUACGCUGACUUAAAGUACGGCAUUGAGCCUGGGAGGUCCUUCUCUGUGAGCUCAGUUCUCUCCAGUAGGUCAUCAAGGCCCGGACGAAUCUCCACCGGGCCCAGGUUCAUGAGUGUAGGUGACCUUUCUGAACCCGAAUCAACUUAUGGAGGAGCUGAUGAGGAUUUGAAUUCAUGGCUUUCUAUUAAAAGCAAUCGAAGACCAAAAUCCAAUUACCUAAUGCAGUACUAUUUCCUCAGUGAAGCGGGUAAAGACCGAUCAAGAUCUCUCCCUCGAUCGCUGACCAGCCGUCUGGCUCAGUGGAGUUCAGGGGUUCCCGUUUGUCCCCCUGCUGCCUCCACAGCCUCAAAGUCUCCCCAUCUUUGGGGAGACAUGAACACGAGUCACUUUGACUGGGAUUUAGUGAGUCCCCCAACUCCUCCCCUAACACCUCCUUUGUCCCCACAUACCAGACGCAUGUCUAAACCCCCCAGUGUUUCCUCUCCAAAUUUUCCAAGCCCACCUUUAGAACCACUGGACAACCUGUCCCCCAGGGGGCAUUUGCCCUCCCGGGGUUAUAUCUCCAGCCUUAGCAGCACCUUUGAAGAGUCCUCGGACAGCAACUCAGACACAACGACAGAUGACGAAUAUUACUUAGAAGAAAGCGAAGACGGAGAAAAAGAGACAGAAUUUUAAGGGCGGAAUAGUUUCAAUUCUCUAAAAUCUCCUUUGAUGCGGGACUUUAUACUGUAAGAAAUAGGGGAGAGACUUGCAACAAGAAAGUAAGAUGUCGGACAUAGCAAGUGACUUGCCUGUAUACAGAUGUGUCAUGUUGGCGAUUUGUGGACAAGCUUCGAUUUAAAAGGAUGUAUGUACUGUAUAUAUGCACAAUAUGCUCUACACAUGUAUAAUGUACAAAAGGCUCAGCACUCCUAUUUUGGACAGCUGUAUGGCUCCAGUGCGGGAUUUACAUCCGUGGAGUUGUUUUAAGCCUCAGGUUUGAUGCAAUGCAUUAGCUGUAUUCCACUGGGAUUUUUUGUGCACAGAUCAUGGUUUUAUUUUGGAACAUAUCAUACCAGAAAAGGUCUUAUAUUUGGAGUCUAAAGAUUUGCGCAGACAAAACUAAUAACAUAAAUAAAUAACAUAAAACCACUUGUCCAGACACUGGCUCUCAAUAGGAUAUUCAGGGUCGUCUUAUAUAUAAGAAUCAGCACCUCCAAGUCCGAGUCCAUGGUUCUCGCCCGGAAAAGGGUGGAAUGCCAUCUUCGGGUUGGGGAGGAGACCCUGCCCCAAGUGGAGGAGUUCAAGUACCUCGGAGUCUUGUUCACGAGUGAGGGAAGAGUGGAUCGUGAGAUCGACAGGCGGAUCGGUGCGGCAUCUUCAGUAAUGCGGACGCUGUAUCGAUCCGUUGUGGUGAAGAAGGAGCUGAGCCGGAAGGCAAAGCUCUCAAUUUACCGGUCGAUCUACGUUCCCAUCCUCACCUAUGGUCAUGAGCUUUGGGUUAUGACCGAAAGGACAAGAUCACGGGUACAAGCGGCCGAAAUGAGUUUCCUCCGCCGGGUGGCAGGGCUCUCCCUUAGAGAUAGGGUGAGAAGCUCUGUCAUCCGGGGGGAGCUCAAAGUAAAGCCGCUGCUCCUCCACAUCGAGAGGAGCCAGAUGAGGUGGUUCGGGCAUCUGGUCAGGAUGCCACCCGAUCGCCUCCCUCGGGAGGUGUUUAGGGCACGUCCGACCGGUAGGAGGCCACGGGGAAGACCCAGGACACGCUGGGAAGACUAUGUCUCCCGGCUGGCCUGGGAACGCCUCGGGAUCCCCCGGGAGGAGCUGGACGAAGUGGCUGGGGAGAGGGAAGUCUGGGCUUCCCUGCUUAGGCUGCUGCCCCCGCGACCCGACCUCGGAUAAGCGGAAGAAGAUGGAUGGAUGGAUGGAUGGAUGGAUGGUCUUAUAUUUGGGUCCAUACUUGUAAAAAUGAGCCAAAUGGUCUGUUUUGUUGAUGUUUAUUUGCCAAAUGGUUACAAGGUGGAUGUAAUUCACCAACUACCCCACUAGGUUCGUUCUAUGAUGUUUUUUUUUUUUUCUGCUGCUAAGCAAUAACUCCAUUGGUGAAGGAGAAUCCAUGUUUUUUUUCAAAAUGAUUGUUUUGUAAUUUCAUUUGUGCUGAGAUGUUAGUUUUCUUAACCACUUUUUUGGUAAAACGGUGGCGACUUGUCCAGGAUGUACCCCACCUUUUGUCCGAGUAAAUUUGGGAUAGGCUCCAGCAACCCCAAGAGGUAAACAUGGAUGGAUGAGUUUGGGGAAUGUGGUAAAUUAACAUUUGUUAUCAAACAUAAAGUGCUUGAUAUUAUUUGUCUUAAUAUUUGCACAGUGAGAGUUGAAAGUCUUAAUAUAUCAGUGUUGUGAAUAAAUGUAAUGUUUGAAACCUUA